CAGCGGCGGCCAUUUUGUGCCGGGAGCCCGGAGAAGGAAGACGCUUGGUGUCCGUGCCCCACGGGCCCCGCUGCGCCCCGAGCCGCCCGCGGCCCUCGCCAGUCGGUUCCGGCAGUGUCAUUCUCUUGCUGCGAAGCCGCUCUUCCCCUCUCGGGAAGCCAGGCGGCUGCCGCCCCGCCGCCGGCAUACAGCAGCCGUCGCCGCCCGCCGCGCCGCCCUCCCCUCGCGCGCUCAGCCCCGCUCCCCCUGGCACCAUGGACUCCAUGCGCAGCUUCGGGGACCGCGGCCGCGACCGUGACCGCGGAGGGUUUCUUUCUCCAAAGAAAUUUGGUAAUCCAGGAGAGCGUCUCCGUAAAAAGAAGUGGGACCUCAAUGAGUUGCCCAAGUUUGAGAAGAACUUUUAUGUGGAACAUCCAGAAGUGGCAAGGCUCACUGCAUUUGAGGUUGAAGAGCUGCGAAGGAAGAAGGAGAUUACAAUUAGGGGGGCAGAAGCCUGCCCCAAGCCUGUGUUUGCCUUCCACCAGUGUAACUUUCCACAGUAUGUAAUGGAUGUCUUGAUUGAUCAGAACUUUUCAGAACCUACCCCGAUUCAAUGCCAGGGUUUCCCACUGGCCCUCAGUGGUCGUGACAUGGUGGGCAUUGCUCAGACAGGCUCUGGGAAGACAUUGGCGUAUUUGUUACCUGCAAUUGUUCAUAUCAACCACCAGCCCUAUUUGGAGAGGGGAGAUGGUCCAAUUUGUUUAGUUCUAGCUCCUACACGAGAGCUGGCACAACAAGUGCAGCAGGUAGCUGAUGAUUAUGGCAAAUGCUCAAGACUGAAGAGUACUUGUGUAUAUGGAGGAGCACCCAAAGGUCCCCAGAUCAGAGACCUGGAGAGAGGUGUUGAGAUCUGCAUUGCCACACCUGGCCGCUUGAUUGACUUCCUUGAAGCUGGAAAAACCAACCUUCGUCGAUGUACCUAUCUAGUGUUAGAUGAAGCAGACAGAAUGUUGGACAUGGGCUUUGAACCUCAGAUUCGUAAAAUUGUUGACCAAAUAAGGCCUGACAGGCAGACUCUGAUGUGGAGUGCCACCUGGCCAAAGGAAGUGCGUCAGCUUGCUGAAGAUUUUCUGCGUGAAUAUGUGCAGAUAAAUGUGGGCAAUCUGGAACUGAGUGCCAACCACAACAUCCUGCAGAUAGUGGAUGUAUGCAUGGAGAGUGAAAAGGACCACAAACUAAUACAAUUGAUGGAAGAAAUUAUGGCAGAGAAAGAAAACAAGACUAUAAUCUUUGUGGAGACCAAGAGAAGAUGUGAUGACCUUACUCGGAGAAUGCGUAGAGAUGGUUGGCCAGCUAUGUGUAUCCAUGGAGACAAGAGUCAGCCAGAAAGAGAUUGGGUGCUUAAUGAAUUCCGUUCUGGAAAGGCUCCCAUCCUCAUUGCUACAGACGUUGCAUCCCGUGGUCUAGAUGUGGAAGACGUAAAGUUUGUGAUAAACUACGACUAUCCAAACAGCUCUGAGGAUUAUGUGCACCGAAUUGGCCGUACUGCCCGUAGCACCAACAAGGGUACUGCCUACACGUUCUUCACACCAGGGAACCUGAAACAAGCCAGGGAGCUGAUCAAAGUGUUGGAGGAAGCUAACCAGGCCAUCAAUCCAAAACUGAUGCAGCUUGUGGACCACAGAGGAGGAGGUGGUGGUGGAGGAGGUCGGUCUCGUUACCGUACCACCAGUUCCUCCAACAACCCUAAUCUGAUGUACCAGGAGGAGUGUGACCGGAGGCUCCGGGGAGUAAAAGAAGGCCGGAGAGACUCUGGCAGCUUCAGAGACCGUGAACGUAGUGACAGUUACACCAAUGGAGCAAACAAGACCUAUGGUAGUGCCUAUGGAAGCCCAAAUUCUGCAUUUGGGGCAGCCCAGAGCCAAUAUGGCUACACUCAAGGGAGCUAUGGAGCAGCUGCUGCCGCCUAUGGCACAAGUGGUUAUGGCACUGCAGAAUACAGUGCUGCUAGUGGCUAUAGUGCCACCACUACAGCUGCUGCUGCUGCUGUUGCUGCUGCUGCCGGGAGAACCUCACAAAGCUCGACUCAACAGCAGUAUGCAGGGAUAGGUCGGUCAGGCCAGCAGCCACAGCCUCUCAUGUCGCAACAGUUUCCUCAGCCUCCAGGCACUAACAUGAUAGGCUACAUGGGACAGACUGCCACCUAUCAGUAUCCGCCACCUCCCCCACCCCCUCCUCCUACACGCAAAUGAGACUGCUCACUGCAGGUGACCAGUGUAAACUUCUUACAUUUAAAGGAACCUUUUCUUUCUUUCUUUUUUUCUUUCUCCCAUUGUGGUGUUUAUCCCAUGCAGGUUAGAUUUAGAAUUCACCAUCCACAAUCCUCCUGCCCACCAAAACAUGACCCCUGGUCCACAUGACUGAUCUUGCUGUUGUCCUUUUUUUUUCUUUUCUUUUCUCUUUUUUUAAUCUAUAUACAGUUGACUGGAAAAUUGACUUAUUUUAUUUUUAUUUUUAUUUUAUUUUAUUUUUUUGUCUUGCAUGUUGAAGAAAUUGAGACAGUUUUUUCUUUUCAAUUUUUUCACCCCUCUGAAGAAUAUGGGUAGAAGGCCAGAUAAGUCCCAGCCCAAUCUUCUUGGUGUCUGAGGCUUGUGUAUGAAAACACACUCUAACUGGGAGGAAGCCUCUGUGCUAUUAUGUGCUCAUUUUAUUUCAGGAGGUAUCAAGAGGUGGAGAAUUUUUGGGGAGCUAAAAGCACUACCUUUAAUGUAAAUUCAAGGAAACAGUGCUCUUUCCCUCCCCUUGGGAGGGUUUCACCUUUUCAUUUUUAAAACAGCUGAAUUAUGAUGCUUUUAGCCUGGUUUGGGUAGAUUUCUGCAGGAAGACUCUGCUUGUUUGGCUCAGCUUGGAGGCAUUCUGAAUUGCUCUGUGGGUUAAGUGUGAACUCCCAUGUUCUGAUUCGUGUUUCUGUAGUGCCUGAAGUAGCUUCACUGAUACUGGCAGCAUGUGGUAGGGUCUGGGGAGUAAAGUCCCAAGUGUCAGAAACCAAAAACUCAUUGAAGAAGUUCUUAUGUUGAUUUACAUUGCAGGGAUUAAAUUGGUUAUAGACCUCUUAAAUCAGGCUCUGCCCCCAUAUUCCUGUUGGUGGGUUAACUGAAGAAAGAGCUCAGCAGAUGACAGAAAUACUGAUAAGAAUUAAGAUGAUCAUCCUGUCUUGCCUGUAUGUCCCAAGACACCUCUGGCCAUGGCGCAGGUUCAGAGUGCUGCUGUGCUGAAUGACAUGUUGUUUUCUCACUUAAAGCUCAAGGGAGAUAGGGGUGGGCACUGGCUGGAAUAUCCCCUUGUAAUAUGGGGAGAGCUGGUUAGGAUGUUUUGAUUCUGAAGCUACAUUUCCUUCAUUAUUGGUCUGAUCAGUGCUUUUCUUGGCUUUUGAGUGCAUUUCCCCAGUCCAGCAGAACCUUUGAGCUCAGCUCUUGCAGGUAGGUAGCAUUAUAGAAAAUGGUAGAGAAGAGUGGAACUUUUAUAAAUAUUUUAAUUCAAUCCUGUUUUAUUCUACAGGCUAAAGGUAGGUUUGAGGGUUUUCCCUUUAGUAGCAAAGUGUCGUCGACUGUGUAACUUCCAUUAGCAGACAGUUGAGGGAUAGUAGAUCGUAAGAGUUGGCUGCUCUUGUGUUUGAAUAACAUUGUGGAACAUCAGAUUCAUGUCCUGAUUUGCAGGGCAUACAAGAGUUAGUGCAUGUUUUUCUUGUUUGGAAUUGUUCAGGAUGGACAAACAAAGGCAGACCAACCCACUUGUGGCAGAGUGGAAUUUGUAUAGUCCAGAGAAAGAGCUUGCUUAUAAAGAAAACCUUUUCUUAGUUCUUCCCCUUGCCUCCCUUCCUUCCCCUCUUUUUUUUUUUCUCCCCUGCUUCCCCUUGUGCUUCCUCCUUGCCCUGCCCCCCCCGCCCCCCCCAGCCCCUGGAAUAUAAUUGGGGGAAACUAGUAAUUUGUUUGUUUGGAACGUACAGGUAGGUUAUUGGCACAAUCUGAGGGGAGAGUGCAGAGUGGACUGUUAGACCUUGUAAGUCCCCCUCAACCCAUCUUCUGAUUUCCUUAAGAUAAACCAAGGUUAUUUUUU